AAUAUGGCUGCUCAGGAUGAACUCAAUCAGUUGGAACGAGUGUUCCUUCGCUUGGGCCAUGCAGAAACAGACGACCAGCUACAGGACAUUAUAUCCAAGUUCCUACCCCCAGUACUCCUUAAACUCUCCAGUGUCCAAGAGGGCGUACGGAAGAAGGUCAUGGAGCUGCUGGUCCACCUGAACAAAAGGAUCAAGAGCAGACCCAGAAUCCAACUGCCAGUAGAAACCCUCCUCGUCCAGUACCAGGACCCCGCAGCUGCCUCCUUUGUUACGAAUUUCACCAUCAUCUACAUCAAGAUGGGCUACCCCCGUCUAGAAGUGGACAAACAAUGUGAGCUCGCCCCAACUCUGCUCACUGCCAUGGAGGGUAAACCACAGCCACAGCAGGACAGCUUGAUGCACCUGCUGAUCCCCACGCUGUACCACAUGAAGUACCCGGGGGACGCCUCAAAGAAGGCCUCUCCCUUCAUACUGAUGGAGAGACCCAAGACAGUUCAGCUGCUGCUUGAGUUCAUGCUGGAGGUCCUCCUAAUGCCCUAUGGGUUUGUGCUGAACGAAUCACCCACCCGACCCAGCCCCCCCUCCCCCCAGGGAGGGGCAGUGGCGGGGGCAGCCCCUGGCCAGGGUCUCCCCCAGCCUCCCCCAGGCAUGAGCGUCUACGCUGCCAAGAGGGUGAUCGGAGAGGCCCAGUGGAGUGCUGAGCAGCUGGAGCAGUGUAAGCUGGGCAUCGUGAAGUUCAUCGAGGCGGAGCAGGUGCCCGAGGUGGAGACGGUGGUGCACCUGGUGGUGGCCUCCAGCGACACCCGGCACAGUGUGGCCACCGCAGCCGACCUGGAGCUGAAGAGCAAACAGAGCAUUGUUGACUGGAACAAUCCUCUGAUCAUCAACAAGAUGUACAAGGUCUACCUGGGUGACAUUCCCCUCAAAACAAAGGGAGUGGCUGUAAAACAGGAGCUCAAGCACGAGCCAGUGAGCACCCGGGUGAAACUGAAGAUCCUGCCUCACCUGCUGCGCUCACGGCUAGCUGCGGAGUGCUUCCCUGCCAACAUCCAGGUGGUGUAUGAUGGUCUGUUUGGAGCCAGCACCAACAACAAGCUACUGUCUCUGACCCUGCAGUUCGUCCAUCACAUCUGUAUGGUGUGCCCUGACAGUAACAAACCUCUUGGGCUGAUGCUGCUGAACGGCCUGACCAAGCUCAUCAAUGAAUAUAAGGAGGAUCCUAAGCUACUUUGUCUUGCUUACUCUGCUGUCGGGAAACUCUCCAGCCGCAUGCCCCAACUCUUCACUAAGGAUAUUGCAUUGGUGCAGCAGUUCUUUGAAUCAAUGUGCAAGGAGGAGUCCGAUGUCCGCCUGGCCAUCCAGGAGGCCCUCUCCAUGAUGGUGGGGGCGUACACCAACCUACAGGGGGCCUUGCUCAACCUCAUGGAGGCCCUGGUGGCAGCCUACAUCGUCAAGCCGGAGGUGCAGGUGCGCCAGGUGGCCAUGAAGUUUGCCAGCACGGUGUUUGCCAGGGACCACGUGUCCUCCAGAUACCUGCUGCUGCUGGCGGCCGGAGACCCGAAGGAGGAAGUGGCUGGGGAAGCUCAGAGGGCACUGAAGAUUGUUCCCAACAAGAAAUUAGAGAAGGAGGGCUCCAAACCCAUGCCUUCCUUCCCAGACAUGGUGGCCUAUGUCCAGGAGAAGGCCGCUCAGAGGUUGAAGACUCCCGCCAAGUACAUUGUAGGAACCGCUACUCUUCCUUUUAACCCGUCUGCAUUUCGAGAGAUCAUGCUCUACCUGAGGAUGUGUCUGGCCUACAGCGCCGGCACCACGCCGCUUUCCAAGAACCUGGUUGACAUGCAGGACGACGCGCCCGCCAUUGGCCGCUACAUCCACACCCUGCUGACCUCUGACCCCCAGCCCCUAGGGUCCAAGGGUGCUGAGAGCAACCCUGUGCAUGUUUACAUGGACCUGCUGCAGCAGCUCCUGUCGGCCAUCGGAGGGAUUCCAGUUAUGUACUGUCUUCUGGAAGUGGUCUCUGUGUGUCCAGAAAAGCUGGCGCCAAUAUUUGUUGAGAAAAUUGACUGGAUUAAAAGUCUGAUGAACACCAACAAGGAGGACAUGAGGGAGCUAGCAGCCCAGCUCUAUGCCGUGGUGGUCUCCACCAUGUCUGGCAGUGAGCUGAACACCGCUGUUCACAACCUGGUCAAGAUCACCAAAGACCACCACAGCCCCGAAACCCAACACGGCGCCAUUUUGGCUCUGGGCUACAUGGUGGGCAGGUACAUGAGCAAGAGGAAGGAGUACGCCAUUGACGAUUCUCCCAAUAAGAUGGAGACCGGUGUGUCCAAGGACGAUGAUGACCUUGUUUCCUUGGCAACCAAGACCAUUGGUUCCUUCCUGGACAACAGCAGUGCAUUACUGGCCGUGGCAUCCUGCACUGCUUUGGGGGAGGUUGGCCGCAACGGGUCCUUGUUGAUCCCUGCGGAGGGAGAAGGCUUCACCAAACUGUCCACCGUGGACAACCUGCUGGCCCGGAUCCCCUCCGGCAAGGAGACCCUCAAGAUGAAGGAGAGGUCCAUCCAGACAUUGGGCUCUCUCCCUGUGGGCGAUGGAGACUUCCCCCACCAGAAGAAGAUCAUCCAGGGACUCAUGGACUCUGUGGAGGCCAAGCAAGUGGAACUACAGUUCACGGUUGGCGAGGCCAUCACAAGCGCUGCCGUGGGAACCAGUUCCGGCGCGGCCAGAGACCCGUGGACCUGCCCUGAGGACGAAUACAGCCCACCCAACAAUGUGAAGAGCAACGAUGUGGUCCCCUGGGUCCUGAACGCGGUGCUGUCGAGGUACAUCCCCAGCCAGAACCCCCAUGUCCGGCAGGCCGCCUGCAUCUGGCUGCUCUCUCUGGUCCGCAAACUGGGAAACCACAAUGAAAUCAAGUCCCACCUGAAGGAGAUUCAGACGGCUUUCAUCUCCAUACUCUCCGACCCCGACGAGUUGAGUCAGGACGUGGCGUCUAAAGGCCUGGGCCUGGUCUACGAGAUGGGAGGAGAAGGCGACCAGCAGGAGCUUGUGUCCACCCUGGUGGAGACCCUGAUGACCGGCAAGCGAGUGAAGCACGCGGUCUCUGAAGACACAGAGGUGUUCCAGGGCGAGGCUUUGGGAAAAGCACCCGACGGUCAAGGGCUGAAUACCUACAAGGAGCUGUGCUCACUGGCCAGCGACCUGAACCAACCAGAUCUGGUCUACAAGUUCAUGAACCUGGCCAAUCACCAUGCCAUGUGGAACUCCCGCAAGGGGGCAGCCUUUGGCUUCAACAUCAUAGCGGCGAAGGCCGGGGAGCAGCUGGCCCCCUUCCUGCCCCAGCUGGUGCCUCGUCUCUACCGCUACCAGUUUGACCCCAACAUGGCCAUCCGCCAGGCCAUGACCAGCAUCUGGGACGCCCUGGUCACCGACAAGACCCUGGUUGAUAAGUAUCUCAAGGAGAUCCUUCAGGAUGUCAUCUCCAACCUGACCAAUACCACAUGGAGAGUUCGGGAGUCCAGCUGCCUGGCCUUGAACGACCUCAUCCGCGGCCGGCAGGCGGAUGACAUCAUCGACUACUUGGCGGAGAUGUGGGAGACCCUGUUCAGAGUUCUGGAUGACAUCAAGGAGUCUGUUCGUAAGGCAGCCGACAUUGCCCUGAAAACGCUCAGCAAGGUGUGCGCCCGUAUGUGUGAGUCCACGGGCACGGGGGCCCAGAGGACGGUGGCCGUGAUGCUGCCCACCCUGCUGGAGAAGGGCAUCGUCAGCAACGUGGCGGAGGUCCGCUCCCUCAGCAUCCAGACCCUGGUGAAGAUCAGCAAGACGGCGGGCGCCCGGCUGAAGCCCCACGCCCCGCGCCUCAUCCCGGCACUGCUGGAGGCCCUCAGCACCUUGGAGCCCGCCGUCCUCAACUACCUCAGCCUCCGCGCCACCGAGCAGGAGAAGAGUGCCAUGGAUGCGGCCCGGCUCAGCGCUGCCAAGUCCUCUCCUAUGAUGGAAACCAUUAACAUGUGUCUGCAGCACCUGGACGUCUCUGUGCUGGGAGAGCUGGUGCCCAGGCUCUGUGAGCUGCUCAAGAGUGGAGUGGGACUGGGCACCAAGGGCGGCUGUGCCAGUGUCAUCGUCUCUCUCACCGUUCAGUGUCCCCAGGACCUCAGCCCGUACUCAGGGAAACUGAUGAGUGCCCUGCUGAGCGGCAUCCACGACCGCAGCAGCGUGAUGCAGAAAGCGUUCGCCUUCGCCCUGGGUCACCUGGUCCGGACGGCCAAGGACAGCAGUGUGGAGAGGCUGCUGCUGAAGCUCAACACCUGGUACCUGGAGAAGGAGGAGCCGGUGUACAAGUCGUCGUGCGUGCUGACGCUGCACGCCAUCAGCCACUACAGCCCUGACGUGCUGAAGGGCCAUGCGGGGUUGGCCCUGCCGCUGGCCUUCCUGGGCAUGCACCAGCUGCCCGGCCCGGACGAGGAGCAGGGCGAGAGCCACGACGCCACGCUGUGGUCCGAGGUGUGGCAGGAGAACGUGCCAGGAAGCUUCGGAGGCAUCCGGCUCUACAUGACGGAGCUGAUCACCAUCACCCAGAAGGCCCUGCAGUCCCAGUCCUGGAAGAUCAAGGCUCAGGGGGCGGCCGCCAUGGCGACAGUCGCCAGAGAGCAGACCGGCUCGCUAGUGGCGCCGCACCUCGGCCUGGUGUUGACGGCCUUGUUGAACGGCCUGGCCGGGCGCACCUGGGCGGGCAAGGAGGAGCUCCUCAUAGCCAUUGGUUCAGUGGUGUCUAAAUGCAGCGGCGAGCUGCAGAAGCCGUGCGCGGGCCAGCCCACCGUCCCAGAGGUGCUGGAGCUGGUGCUGAAGGAGUGCCGCAAGGACAGCCUGGUGUACAAGAUGGCGGCACUGCGCUGUGCCGGGGACGUGCUCCAGAGCAGCCAGGAGGACCGCUUCAGCGAGGUGGCCGAGAUCCUUUUCCCCCUCAUCAAGAAGAACUCCCCCCAGGGCGUGGGGGCCCUGCGGUCCCGGGACGACGACGAUGACGACGACGCUAAAGACAAGGAGCGGAAGACAGACGCCCUCCUCUGCUCGUACGAGACGCUCGGCAAAGCCUGGCCCAAGAACCAACAGACCCAAGCUCGUUUCCAGGUGGACGUGUGCUGUCUGAUGUGUGAGAAGCUCAAGCUGAGCACAUGGAGAGUGCAGCUAAGUGUUCUGCAGGCCAUGAAGGCCUACUUCCAGGGGUUGAUGCUCCUGGACAAGAGCCACCAGGAUCCCACCACCCUGUGCCUGAUCCUCACAGAGACCUGCGCUGCCCUUCCACACCCUCUAGAGAACAAGAGCUACUCGUCUGUCAGGACCGAGGCGCUGUCUGUGGUGGAGCUGCUGGUCAAAAGGACCGGAGAGAGCGAGCAGUGGGACUGCGUGCCGGUGAAGAGCAGGGAGCAGCUCCAGCGCUCCCUCUCCACGCUGCAGACGGACAGCCGGCCCGACCUGAGGGACAAGGCCCAGGAGCUGCGCAGGCACAUCCAGAGCCAGCCCUGAUCCCGCCCACCCCCCGCACAGCCAGCCAAUCAACAGCCACCAACCCGCCCGCCUGUUAUAACCCUGGAAACCAACACACAGACGUACACGCACCAACCUUACUGCUAAAUAAAAACCUUAUAGUCUAAGGGGCAUUUACCACAUUUCCAGGGCUCGGGGGGGUGGGGGGGGGGCUCAUGCAGGUGGACUGACUUGUUAGCUUUAGUGUACACAGCUGGGGAAGGGAGGAAGGGACUCGUUGUCUUUAAGAGGCCCGAUAGGAAACCAUGAAAUGGUUUUCUUCAAGAUUAACACCGGAUUUGCAGCGAUGGGGAAAGGCUGUAUGUUGUGAUCUGUCAACAGGUUUACAUGUUUUGUUUGUUUGAAAUAAUAAUGGAAUCAGGAAGUAAUUUGAAUAAAUUGUAUGAUCCAAUGUGUUGGUUUUCAUGAGCACUGUAUUCCUCCGCGUUCUGAGAUUUUAACUACUUCUGUGGCUUAGCUUAUAAUUUUUAUUAUUUUGAUUCAUGACUUAUGUAUGACAGCAGAUGCUUUGAUUUGUUUUAAAGCUAUUUGCCGUCAACAUUAGUGUUUGAACUUGCGGACAACAUGGAUCACUGUGCCAAAUGCAGUGGGUUAUAGAAAUGAAAGAGGUGGGGAAAACAAGGAUCAUAAAAUGGGAAGACAGGGCAUUGUGCACUCGUAUUUGCAAGUUAAUGUGGGUGGUACUCAGUUUAUUUUUUAGAAAUGAAAAGGAAAAAGAAAUGUAACGUGUGAGAGGGAGCAGUCUGGAUGUGUGCCCUAAUUAAAUAAAAAUGCAAGAACUAAUGACCCAUUUUUAUUUUCUUCAAAUUUUUACUUCAUUCUUACUUUUUUCUUCCUCAGUUCUGCCACGCUUAUUUACAUUCUACUCACCCCUGCGGCCAUUCAUAUGCCCCCCCAUGUCUGUGUCCGUCAUUUGACCAUAAGCUUGGUGGUCCAAGAUGGUCAUGGAUAAAUGUAAUUAAAUUG